CCGAUCGAGCAGCAGCCGCGAGCCUCGUCUUGUCAAUGCCGGGUGCUCUGUUUGGCGAACCCCCAGUGCUUCAGCUUGAGCUACUCGCCGGUGGACGGCUGCAGGCUGUUCGGAUCAAGAGGCACGGAGGACACCGCACGUCAACCAGCUGCAUCGAAUCAUACCUUCGUGUAUCGCGCAGGAAUGGCGCGGCUCGGCGACUACUGCGAGACCUCUGGGGAAUGCGCCUUCGUCACCGACGGGGCCGAGUGCGUCAACAAGCUCUGCACGUGCGCCGCCAGCGCGGAGUCGGGAACAGUGAGCGGCCAGGACGUCUGCGCCGCCGAGGCCGUCGGCUCCUGGAGCGAGGAAGACGAAUCCAGCGCCGUGGACGACGAAACCGACAUUCACGGAGGCGAGACGGCGCUCACGGACACAGCCACGUCGACGACCACUCUUCUGACACGGGAGGCGGGGGCAGCGCACGCCACCACGCAGACGCCGAGCUCGAUGGCCGCGGCAACGACGCGAGGUCCUGAGGCGACCUCGCAGACGACCCUGGCGAUCUCGGUUGCGACGAGCACCCUAUCUGUGAGCGCCGCCGCGGUAGAGCAUCGCUUCGACAACUGA